AUGAAAGCUAGUUCGCUCCUUUUGACUUUAUCCAUCGCAGUCUGUCUUGGUCAAGAAAAAUCAUAUCCAAUGUGGAAAGUAUUUUGUAGUGGUAGACCUCUCUAUCGUGGUCGUCUUGACUCAAUUGUUACUCCAGGAGAACCAGCCGGUCAUGUACACAAAGUGGUGGGUGGAAAUCAUUUUAGUGCUGGGGUUAGAGGUCAGUCCAAUCUCGAACUGUACGAGGUAACGAAAUCAGCCGACUGCACGACAUGCUCAAUUCAUACUGUAGACAACAGCAACUAUUGGCAUCCAGAAUUAUAUUAUCAAUGGCCUAAUGGAACAUUUUCACUGGUACCCGAUGGUGGUCUGACUGUUUAUUAUAUUGCUCGAUCUGGUAAUGUUGGUGGUCCACAAUAUGUUAAUCCCAAUUGGCAACCUUUUCCUAAAGGUCUUCGUAUGAUUGCUGGUGAUCCUUGGAGACGAACGUACGAUAAAUCGAACGUCGAACACAAUGCUAUUAGCUUUGUUUGUCUGACAGAUUUUGGUAUGCCUCAUGCUCCUGAGACAAAUGGAUUUCAAACUGACAAAUACUUUUGCAAAAAUGGUUUUCGAAUGCAAGUCUUCUUUCCAAUGUGUUGGGACGGCAAAAAUUUAGAUUCACCUGAUCAUCGAUCUCAUAUGGCAUAUUCAUCUCAAUAUAACACUGGAGAUUGUCCAGCCACUCAUCCUGUUCGUUUGCCCGCUCUUUUCUAUGAAGCUUUCUAUUCCGUGGAUAAAUUUCCUCAUGGAACAGGCAGACAACCAUUUGUCCUGUCAAGUGGAGAUCCAACUGGUUACGGAUUUCAUGGGGAUUUCGUCAAUGGAUGGGAUUUCGAUGUUGUGAAAAAUAUGCUUGCCGACAGUUCAUGUCUCGCAAGUAACACUAAUCUCGGUAAUAAUCCAGAACGUUGUUUACCUUUAAAACCUUUCGUGAAGCAGUCUGUCGACGCUAACUGUGAAUUAGCUAAACCUAUUCCAUUGACCGAGAACAUAGGAAUGAUUGAACCUAUUAAACGAUUACCUGGCUGUAACCCAAUUACCUAUUCAAAUGCUGCUAUGUGUUCACAAGGUAGCGAUCCUAGGUCCAUGGACAACACUGGUACUUUUCAUAUAAAAUCCAAGGUGACUGGUCGAUAUGUUACUUUCAAUCCUAUCACUGAAGAUGUCUAUGCUAAUGCACCUACAAAUAAUCCUAGUUACCGUGAAACUUGGGGUCUUGGUUGGGCUGCACGAGAUACAGGUCGCACAGUACGCAACACAGAACUGAACAGGCAUUUUACUAUGCAGGACAAACUCAAAGUCAGAGGUCCUGAGUCUGAUACUUGGGAAAUUUUCAGUUUUGAGAAACAAUCAGAUAGUGAUUACAUCGCCAUCAAAAAUCGUCGACACGGCAAAUACUUACAAGUGGAACCAGAUUUUUCUAUUAGUGGUACAGCAACAAUUAUCACCGAUGCUUGCCUCUUUCAACUGAUUACACCCGAUGGUGGUCAUGUGCCCGUAGGAUUGCAAAUGUCUGAUUUGGCAAAUUUACAAAGUUUAUCUAAUAACCUUGGAUAA